UUUGCAGCGAUGUUUGGGCGAGUCGUGCGAGCGUCGAGCACGUCCCGCCUCGCCGCGCCGUGGACGCGAACGUUUGCAAAGAAGGCAGCGAAAGGUAGUAAAGCCGCCGAGCCCGUGACGGAGGCGCUUGGCGACGUAGCAAAGAAGACGCAUGAGGAAGUGAAAAAGAACAUGCGCGGAGCCGUUGCCAACUACAUCAAGGUCUUGGCGGCCAUGCGCCCGGGACAAGCGGAUGCUGGCAUCUUCGACUCGCUUAUGGUGUCGGCGUACGGUCAAAUGGCGUCGUUAAGUCAAUUGGCUCAAGUGUCGGUCGUCGGGCCGACGGAACUUGCUGUCUCUGUCUACGAUCCAUCGCUCUUGACGGAUAUUCGUUCCGGCAUUGAAGGGCUGAACCCGUCGUACUCGGUGCAACCGAAUGGAACGACGCUGUCCGUUCGGUUCCUAAAAAUGACCAAGGAAACCCGCGACGAACUGGUCAAGGCCGCCAAGAAACAAGCGGAGGCUGCACGGCAGCACGUCCGUCGCGUCCGUCAAGAUGGCAUGAAUGAGAUCAAGAAGCUCAAGGACUCGAUCUCAGAAGACGAUAUCAAGGUCGAACAAGACAAGAUCCAAAAGCUCACGGACGAUCACAUCUCCGAAAUUUCGCGCCUCCUGGCGUCCAAGGAAAAGGACUUAACAGUGAUCUAAGCAAGCGUGCACCGCCACGUCACUUUCGAACGGCGACAUGUCUGCCGCACACGUCCCGCAAGUGGUGCCAACGGAGCUUGGAACGUUGCUUGCGAUCGUUUUCGUGUUGUAGAAAGGUGGCGCCUCACUCAGAUGGAUCUCGUAUGGAAGGGAAUGCGAAAUACUGAAGGCGAACAGCCG